AUAGCGUUCGAGCAACGGAAAAGAUCAGGGAUGAAGAUCCGCGUGGUCCAAAUCUGGGGUUUCUUGCAAUCCGUCCUGGGCUGGAUCUUCGUGGCCUGCACCAUGGCCAUGGAGGGCUGGAAGAUCAGUGCCAUCGGAGGGAUGGGCGGCUCAGCCAUUAUCAAAGUGGCCUGGUACUGGUCCAGUUUAUGGAGAUCCUGUUUCACAGAUUCAACUGCUGUCUUCAACUGCAGAGAUUUCGGCGUCCUCUGGUCUGUGGACCUCAACAUCCAAAUAGUACGAGGCCUGCUCAUGGGGGCUCUUGCUCUGGGCAUGCUCGGGUUUGUGCUCAGUCUGUUGGGGAUGGAGUGCACCUACAUCGGUGGAAAAGACCUGUCAAAGCAUCGAAAGAUCUACGCAGGUGGAUGCUGUCAUAUAAUCAGUGGUGUUUUAUCUGCGGCUGGAUAUGGCGUCUAUGCACAGUAUGUGUCAAUUGAAUAUUUUAAUCCAAACUUUACGGGACUAAAGUUUGACCUUGGGACGCCGCUGUUCCUCGGUUGGGUGGGCUCAGCCUUUCACAUGACUGGAGGCUUUUUCUAUCUUUGGUCAGUGUGCAAACCACUGUGUGGGGGGCAGAAACCGACAAUAAAAGUUCAAAUGACAGCGGACCCAGAAAAAAAUGAGUCCACCAAAGAUCUGUCAUCCGUGUCAGAGAUCACCUCAAAGACCAAGAUGUCUUCCAUCUCUGAGCUGUCGUCCAGAAGUCGAAACUCGGACGUUUCCUCCAUCUCCUCCAAAUCAGAGGGAACGUCCAGGUCAGGACGCACUACCAGAUCAGGACGCACUACCAAGUCCGGACGGUUGACAGGGCGACCCUCUCGAUCAAGGGGGUUGGACGAAUCUGCGUCAAAUUCAGGCUCAGAGUCAAUGCCAUUAUCCAGUUUGGCAUCUAGGUCCAGACAGUGGUCCCGGUCCAGCCUCUCAACAUCGUUGGGGUCAAGAAGCAGCGUUGAAACAGGAUCUUCACGGCUGGGCAGCCUCAGAGGCCAAACCGCACCGUUCGUCCAGAACUUCUACAUUUGAUUGAUGAUUUUAUGGACAAACAUCCCAAUUAGAUUUUUUUUUAUUAUGUGUACCCACUGUCUUUGGAAUCCCUUUGAGUUUAAAAACGGUAAACAAAACCUUUGCUCUCUCAUUUUUGAUUUGAUAGCAAUCAUUUUUCACAAAUUCAACAGUAUUGUUACCUUUGACAAGUAAAGAUUCAUUACGUCUUACAGGGGCCCCUGUGUUUCAGCCAAACAUCUCUUUCUAUUUGAGCAAAAGGAGGCAGCAGACACUCCUCAAAAAGUAAUUUGUAGACAGAUUUUUCAAAUUGUCAUGACGUUUUUUUUAAAUUUGGAGUUAGUUUUGCAAAAACGCAACCUUUUACCUUCAAUUAUUACCCAAGUGCUCCUUUACUUUACUAUGCAAACCAGUCCUUUGCUUUACCACACUGACAGGACGUGGCUCAGAUUAUGGGGCUGCUGUGCUGCAUACCAGCCUUGGGCUUUGUGGGUUUUAUACCCCCUAUGCACAGCAAGAGGUGGGCAAAUGUAUGGCAAUACAGAAAAAAAAAGUGUCUUACCGUAGAAUAAUCAAUGUACAGAUCUGUAUGUCCAAAGAGCUCCACAAAGACUAAAGGCGAUUGUAUUUUCUUGGAAUCAUAAAUCUGUUAAAGGAAAAUAAUACAUUUAACUGAAAUGGAUGGAAACAGUACAUUGUUUAAGUUUGGGAAAAAAAGUAAAAAAACGUUACUUUUAUACUGUAAAUUAAAAAAAAAAGCAUUUCUGUAAGUAAUAACAUUAUUGCUUCCAAACUGACACAAAAACUAGCUAAAAUUGUGAUGUUAACUUGGGGACAAUAAAAAUAAUUUGGUAGCAAAUAAAGCACAUUGUUGAGAUUUGUUACUCAAGCUGUCUUCUAUGUAAUGAAAUGAAGAAACUAAACCCCAAAUAGCCAUGAUUUUUGUUUUUGUUUUUUUGGAAACAAGAAAAAUACAAAAUGUUAAACUGCAUCCACUGCUGCCUGGUAUAAAAUCCUGUGGGGACAAGAAAAUAACUUCUGCUUGGGAUGAUUUAAGCAGCACUGCAGACACAUUUACAAAUUUCAGUCAGUUGAUAUUGAGACAACCAAAUCAGAUGCACACUUUUGAACCCCACCUCACCUGCUGAGGCUUGUUACAGAAAGAUGUUUAGCCCUAAAGAAUAGAAAAACAUUAAAGGUACUAAAAUAUUGUCCACAUUUUCUUCACUUCUUUUGUAAAUUUCUUUAACUAAUGAAUUUGCCUUUUUUAUUAAUGGCAUUUGCAAAAUACUGUAUUUUGCAUAUAUUCUGUAAGUGACUUAGGCUUUUAGCUUUACAAGAAUAGUUUAAGGAUUUCAGCUUUAUUGUAUUUAUAUUCCUCUUUUUUUAUUUUUUUACAUGACUCAGCUUUUUGAAGGCAGGCUUGUACCCGCUCAACGAGAACAGUGCGGUCAUUAUUGGGGGUGGCGUGCACUCAUCCCGCCACAGACCUAACACCAGCAUCUGUUUUCCAGCUGGGCCGGGUUGGGUUUCUUUUGCUUUUACAAAGUUUGGGAUCUUGUUUCAAGAGCACAAAUUCACCCGUUUGCCUUUUCUUUCUUUGCGUCACUGGUUUCUGUUGGAGGCUUGUUUGACGUGACGGUAACUGUGGACAUAUAAACACAGUGGUUUCAUCCUUUUCUACACAGCUCAGCUGAUCCACCACUGAGGAAAAACAAUCUCGAACAGCCUCAAAACACAGAAAUGAAACAGUCAUUAAGAGUAGAAAAUCACGACCUGCACUGCAUCUCGGACUGGCAGAUUAUUUUCAUAUUGCAUGCAGAAGUAACCGAAGGGGUAAAGUAAAAAAUAUUUGUGUUUUUUUUUUCUUUGAGGUUUGAAAAUGUGUCAAACUUUUUAAAAUGUCAGAUUUUGCUGAAUAAUUUUAUUAUUCCCUCUUAAAAACCACAUCUGAA